UUCUGUUUCUGAUGCAACUUCACUUCCAAUGGACCCUUCAAGUAUUACCAUUUCUUCUCCUAUUCCCCCGCCUCAAUAUUGUAAAUCUACACAAACAGAGGAAAUAUUUGAAAAUUUAAAAGACGAAGAAAAGAAAAUAAUACAAAAAGAAAUAGGUGUAAAUACUUUACAAAUUAAAACAAUUUCAAAAGGAACACAAAACAGAAUUGGAACUAAUAAUCAAAGAUUGGAUACUAAAGGAUUAAUUAUUUUUGAAGAAAAAGGAAUUGGGAAUGAAAUAGUAAAUACAAAAUCAAAAUUAGUACAAACUGGAAGAAAAACAAGAAAAGAAGGAAAUAAUAAUAGUGAAGAAGAAGAGGAAAAUGAUUUUUGGUGGCUGGUAAAUAGAAGUUCCCAAAAUUCCCCACCCAUUCUCCACCACUUUGAAUCGCAAACUGAUCCAAUGACCAUUUGUGAUGCAAUUGAAACACUUUUUGGUCCAUCAUUGCAAUUAGAAAGAAGUGAAAGUAUUCAAGUACUUGUGGGGGAUGAUGAAAAUGAGAUUGGGGAAAUGCUUGGGGAAAUAACUACAAAUCAAGAGAAAAAAGCAGAAAAACAUGAUUUGGUUAUUCAAACAGAUGACAGUUAUUUAAGAAUUGCUCGCCGUUUGGACACUCUUAGAACUGGAAAAUCAGAAACAAAUGUUUUUGCUAAUGUUUAUUGCACGGGUGCUGGAAUACCAAAGAGAGUAAAUACUGGACGUAGAAAAUCUCUUCGAUUUUUAGAGCCUGCUAGCGAUUUUAUGAAGGAAAAGUUUGGGUAA